AUGUCGAGAUCUAUCUCGACCGCUUCGAAGCGACGCGUUGCGGUAUUGUUCCAGGAGCUUGAGCCGCCAUUGAUCCGUGGGGUACGCAAGCCCAAGAAGCCCGGAGGCUACAGAGACUCUGGUGCAGACAUAGCAUACGUGCUGAAGCACCAGUGCAAGAUCGAUGUAGUUACCCCGGCCGCUUUCCCAGAUCCUCUUGACGACAAUGAUUGGUGUUUUGGUGACACAGAGUCAGCAAUUCUAGAAGCCGUGUCCAUGGGUGCAACACAUCUCUGGGCAAACACAAUUCUAUUCGCAAAUCACCCACUACAAACUGCUGACAGUCUCACGACAGCAUCCAAGUCAUUGAAGAUCAUUGGACAGCCGCCCAGGUUGGUUGAGAAAUUUGAUGACAAGUCCUUCGUGAACAAUCUGCUACGUACCCAUGGUGGCUUCACCCUGCCUGGUGCCCACGAUGUCCGUGAUGAGGAGAGCCUUGUUCGCCUUCUCGAAUCGGAUUUACAUUACCCUGUAGUUGCUAAGCCUGUUCGAGGUCGAGGCAGCUACGGCGUCAAAGUUUGUCGAUCUCCGGAGGAGCUAAACAAACAUUGCCACGACUUAUUGAUAGAGAAGGCGUCUGUCAUCGUCGAAGAUUUCCUCGCCGGUCAGGAAGCUACAGUCACGGUCAUGCCUCCCUCGUCAUCCUUGGGACAUGACAGUUGUUGGGCGAUGCCAGUGGUUGAGCGCUUCAAUCACGCUAAGGGCAAAGAACUCGCGCCAUACAACGGCAUCGUUGCUGUUCUUCAGAAUUCCCGGUGUCUCUCCCAGAGCGAGCACGAAGCUGACCCACAUUACCGCAACAUCCAGCGCCAAUGUGUCGAUGUGGCAGAACUACUCCAGUGUACUGCUCCCAUUAGAAUUGAUGUUCGUCGUUUUGAGAAAGGGACGUCGUCGCCGUUUGCUUUGUUUGACGUAAACAUGAAACCUAACAUGACGGGGCCUGGAAGACCUGGGAGGGAACAACAGGCCAGUCUGACCGCAUUGGCUGCUGCCGGUCUGGGAUGGAACUACCCAACCCUGCUGAUGCACUUACUUGAGUCAAGUAGCACCUUACACGAUCUGCGGUACGCCAGGCUGUCCCAAGCAGUCUCCAAAUAA